CCUGUAAGGAGGGAGCCCCGGUGUGUUUCUGCUGGGAUUACACACUGGCCAUCAGUCACUGCCAUUUUGUAGUUUCAGUGGGUUUUUACACUACUGGUAGAGUAAAAAUGUGAGACUGCUCACGUUACGUCAUUUGGGACGCCGUGGUUCUGCAGCUCGGUGUGCACAAUAUCAGCGUGCUGCUGAGGGAGGACGGUGGGAGCUGCUCCUUCCGACCAGAGAAUGCCGUCUCUGUCGGAGCAGCUGCAGGAGGUGCGGAGUCGGGCUGAAGUGUGCCUGUACUCUGGAGGCAGAGUGGUGGAGGUGCGGGCCGGGGUAAUGGCUAUGGCUAAUCUGCCUUUACCGCCCUGCUCCAAAUACCGCCACAUCGCUGCAGAAACCAUGGUCAUAGAAAACAGCUUUGGCAGCAACCGGAAGGAGACCCUUGCGUCUGUCCAGCGCUUGUCUACAGCACUGAACAUCCUGGAAAAGUAUGGCUGUAACUUGACAAAUCCCAACAGGCCAAAGUAUUGGAGGACAGUGAAACACAACAACCCAGUGUUCAGAGCCACUGUUGAUGGUAUUCAGGGAGGACGAGCAGUGCUCUGUCUUUAUGGUUACUCCAAUCAGCAGCCAGAUGGGCUCAGCUUCCCUGAUGAUGUCACGGAUCCAGAUGUGGGCCGAGUUGCUGCAGUAACACUUGAAGUGAUGAGCCUGAGGAUGGAACUAGAAAUGCUUAUUAAGGAGGCUCAUCCCCACCCUGAAUUCUAUGAGAGAAUCAUCCCUACACUGAGACACAAGGAUGUGGGUCUCAACACUGACGCUGUGGCCUACAAUUCCCCCUCCAUUUCAUGCCAUUCAGACAGUCAGACCAAGUCUCUAGCUUUCCCCCUGCACCAUCACUCCUCCAGAGAGGGCAGCCGUGGCCACUCUCUGUCCUCCAACCACCAAAGUCUCAGGUCCAUUCAGGUCUUUUCCACUUCCUCAAACAAACACCCAGAAAACUGCGCUAUCUGUCAAAUAUUCCGUAUCUCUGCCCACUGCCUCACUUGCCUCCAGGGGCUCUGCUCAGAUUGUGACAGACUGUACCACUCCAACCCUGAGAGGGCCAACCACCGUCGGACAGCUGUCCCAUCAUCAUCAUCAUCAUCCCAAAACAGGAAUAGUCACAGUUCUUCCACCUGGAAUUGCCUUCACUGCACUAAAGUCAACUCUGUCCAGGAUGUGCUGUGUGAGGAGUGUGAGCGCCCUCGCUUGGAAUCGAUCAGCUGUAAAGCAGAUGAAUCUCCCCCUGCCACCAUCACUGAGUGGCAGUGUAAGAGCUGUACCAUGGUGAAUGCAGCCAGCAGUAUUCUGUGUGAGGUGUGUGAAAGACCUCGUUUGGCCACACGACCUCCAGUGACCCCAUCACACCCACCCAUCACCCCCCCAAGACCACCAGCACCCGUACUGGGCAUGCCUGGUGACCCUGACAGCCAGUGGGUGUGUCAGUUCUGUACCUAUCUGAACUACUCUCCUGCUACAGUGUGUGAGAUGUGUGACCUGGCUCGUCCAGAGCCCGCACCCUUGCCUGUGAAGCUCCGGCCUCCCUCUCCAGUCAGACGGGUCCCCGCUCUGCCAAUCAAACCCAAAAAGCCCGCCCCUGAAGACUUGGACCCCUGCAGGCAGAGGCUGAUGAAGGAGGAGGGGCUGAAACUGAUUCAGCUGAUUAGAGAUGGGGAGAAGAAAGGAAUAAGUCCAGAGGAGGUGUACACAAGCAUGAGGGUAGCUGGGGACAGCAGCAUCCUGCCCUGCAAGUGGUUAAAGACAGAGCUUCCUGUGCUGUUAGACCAGAUCAGGGCGUUGGUGACAACAUCCUCCCUUCAGUCUGUUUCUGAAAAGACCACAACAGAGUACACAAGCAUGUCAUGUCAAGCUCCUGCUGAGGAUCCUGGGAAAGAGGUGGACCCUGCAGAAACAGAGAGUGCGGUCCAGCUGUCCAUAGCAGAGGCCAAGCAGGCCUGGCUGACAGCAGGGGGCGACACUGAGAGAGCUGCUAGACAAGCUCUGAGAGACAGACUUGCCAAGGUAAAGGAGCUGUUUGUGCUGGGCUUCAGUGAUGAGGCUCACUGUCAUGAGGUAUUGAAGCAGAGUGGUGGUGAGGUGAGAGGGGCAUUGGCCCUGCUGCAGAGGCCCCUACUGGAACCCUUCCACAAGCGCAUUUGGAGUGACAAGCCUGAGCCUCCUGUAGACAUCCAUCACCCCGAUAGACAGCGCAUAUGUCGGAGGUUACUAGCGGUUUAUGAUCUUCCCAGCUGGGGUCGCUGCGAGCUAGCCCUCUCGCUCCUUCUGGAGCACAGCGCCCCUUACUCUCUGGAAGACGUAGUGCAGGCUGUGCGAGAGUCCCACGACAGGGAGUUUAUCAAGAGAGUGCUGGCUAAGGAGUGUCCCAUCUGCCUCUCUGUCUUCCCCCACAGCAAGAUGCAGUCCCUGACGUCAUGCCAGUGUUCAGUGUGUUGUGGUUGUUUCCAGCAGCACUUCACCAUUGCUGUAAGGGACAAACACAUCAAAGACAUGGUGUGUCCGGUCUGCUGGGAGCCUGACAUCAACGACCCUGAACACCUCAACAGCUACUUCUCCACCCUGGACAUCCAGCUGCGAGAGUGUCUGGAACCAGAAGUCUACGAGCUGUUCCAUAAGAAGCUGACCGAGCAGGCUCUAAUCAAGGACCCCAAGUUUCUCUGGUGCUGUCAUUGUUCAUAUGGGUUCAUCUAUGAUGGAGACCAGCUGAAGGUCACCUGUUUUCAGUGUCGCAACAGUUUCUGUGCUCAGUGUAAGAAGCCUUGGGAGUCUCAGCAUGCAGGUCUGUCCUGUGAACAAUACCAGUCAUGGAAGAGGGAGAAUGAUCCAGAGUACCAGAGACAGGGCCUGGCUGGAUAUCUCAGAGACAACGGCAUUACUUGUCCUAACUGUCGCUUUCAGUACGCACUGUCUAAAGGAGGCUGCAUGCAUUUCUGCUGCUCACAGUGUCGUUACCAGUUCUGCAGCGGCUGCAACAACCCUUUCCACACUACCUGUGCAGUGGACGAGUGCAGUGUGUCUGGAUUACAUGCCCAUCAUCCCAGAGAUUGUCUCUUCUACCUGAGAGACUGGGAACCUUCCAGGCUGCAGGCUUUACUGCAGAAUAAUGGAGUGGCCUUCAACACUGAGCCCUCUCCUGGAACACAGACAGGUUUGUGUGGCGUGAUAGAGCAGAAGGAUGAGGGAGGGCAGCAGCCAGAUUCAGCCUGUGGAGCUCAGACCCAACCUCGACACGCUGGACUCUGCGAGAAGCAUUACCGGGAGUACUUGGUCAGCCUGAUCAACAGCCACUCCAUCGACCCCGCCCCCCUCUACAGCUCCAAUGAGCUGAUGCUGGCCUGCAGGAGGUACAAGGUUGAUGACGCCCGCAGGGACGGAGAGGACAGCUUCACCUACUACAGCAGACUGCUUGAAAAACUGAUGGAUGAAGUACCACUUGGCGACAAGGUGCCCCGCAAGAAAUAAUGAACGCCUCGGCUUAUGUUCCUAUGAUUAUGUAAAUACAGGAGAGUGUCGUCUCAGAAGCUGCUGUGCUUUUAAUUAAUUUUAACAGUGAGAUAUUCCUCAUAGAGUCACUGUCCUAAAUGAGAUAUCUUCUGACUGGAACAUAUGACAGCAGCGUUGACAAAAUAAUUACUAGCACAAAAGGUAAUGAGGAGAAAAUUAUUUAUUAAAUGUAUCAAGCUUUGCUGCUACUGUUUUUCCCUGCAGUUUGGAAUGUAACAUUUGAUUCUGGGUUUACUAAUUGAAUAAGGCCUGUAUGUAGAUGUCCUCUAGGUUUCUCAACCUCUGUUGUUCAACAUAAACCCGCUUACACAGUAUACAUUGGCCUUUACAAGGAUAAAUGAAGUGAACAGUAAAUGUCGCUAAGCUACAGUAAAAACAGCCUUUUUCUCUGGACAGUGUAGUUUUGUGUGACAUGAUCAAAAUGCUGUUUUUAGUUAGCAUUUGCUGACGAGAACAGAAAAUUAUAAUGUGGUUUAAAGAGAGGUUUAAAAUUCUUUCCCUUAUUUUCUGUCACUUAAUAAUGUUAAUUUUGGAUGUUCAUAUUAAAAGUUGUAAAAGUAAUCCCUGUGAGCAAAACGGCAUCAACACGCUUCAGACUGCUCUCAAUACUAGGUUCCCAAUGUUUUAUUCCUCUUCUGUGCAGAUCUGAUAUCAGCUUGGCACGGAUAGACACCAACACACUCUGAGUGCUUGAGCUCCCAGUCCAGGCAGAGUGUACAGCUAACUGAGCUAACUAGCUAACAGGAGCUACAGUUAGCAGUUACUUUAGAGCUAAUUCUCCAUCUUGCAACUCCAUAAAAUAAGAUCCAGUUUCAACUAAAUCAGGGAAGAAAGUUAUAAAAAGGUGUGUGUUUCUGUAUAGUAAUCAUGAGGCCGCGAGCAGCACUGCCAAGCCAAGCAGAUUUGGUAACGUUACCUAGACCGACCCCUAGAAACACUCUAAAACUCGUCUACCAUUUUUCCAACCUAUUAAACAGUAAAUUCAUCAAAUUCAGUGCCCCAUAUUGCUGUUGCAUAAGCUGUCAAAUGCCAUCGAGCCCACUUGCAAGAAGAUGAGGGGAUGCAGGCCACAGUACUCGGUGUAUAAAGAGAACUGGUUACAGCGGCUCACAAGCCCCGCAGUAGGUUUCUGGGAGGUUGGCCAGUCAGAAGAAAGUAGACUUUUAAGAGACAGGAGCUAAAACAGUGCCUCAGUUUGUAUAACAGGAUGCUGUGAUUGAUCAUGUCAAAUAGACAGAUAACAUGUCAUCAUCAGCAGCAGACAUUAAAAGGUGGUUGGUGACCUUAAGCAGGGUAGACUCAGUCAGACCCAGAAACCAGAGUGAAACCUUUCAAAAAGUGUAUUUUCCAGCACAGUGAGAAAUUGUUGUUGUUGUGACUCUUUUUUUCCUAAUUCUUUUUAUAUAAAAGGUAACUUGGAAAUUAGUUGAUAAUUUUGAGGGAGGGAGGGAUCCAUACCAGGGGUUUUUAGUAAUGGGUUCACACAAGCAGUUUUAAAAUAAUGAGGGACACAACCGCUAGAUAAAGAGCUGUUAAAAACAGAAAACAAACAGGGCCGGGAAGAUUUCAUUACCUUUAGUAAAAACUUUGUUUGAAUUACAUCAAGAGGGCUGGAAGACACUCGUUUGCGAUACUGCUCCUAAAAGCUCAGACAAGGCAAUAGGAUAAUACUGGUUACCUUGUUGUAGUUGAGGAACUGCCGAGUAAGAGGAAUUCAGUAUAAUCGAGGCUCUGAUUGACUCCACUUCAUCAGUAAAAUAAAAUCAAAACAAAAGCAGAGGCACAAGGAGCGGCUUGAUUUACCAUCUGAUCCACAGACUUAAAUAAAGAUCUAGGUUUAUGUUGAUGGGCAGAAAUAAGUUCUGAAGAAUAGUGUGCUCUCGCAUCCUUAUUAUAGUUUAAUAAUAACUCCUUCAUAAUUUUGCAAUGUACUUGGAGACUGGAUUUUUUCCCAUCUGAGUUCUGUUUUCCUACAUCUUUUACAGCUGCAAAUAAUGUAAUUUAUCCAGGAUUGCUUUCUUGCUGAGGGCUUCAAGCUAACCUUAAGAGGUGCAAUAAUAUUUAGUAAAGACAAACAGAUCAGUUUGAAACCUCCAGAUCAUUGGUGUGUGAAUCAGACAGGUGUAAGCUUUGACUCUCAAACAGUACGCAUAACUUUAAGAUGCCUUGCUCAUUAAAGACGCGAGUGUACGAGGAGCAGGGUGGCACAGUAUGAAUAACUGGUGAUUCUGUUUAAAGUUAAACAAAGAAGCAAUGUUGAAAAGAAAAGCAUGAACUUUAGUGGAGUCCUCAACUAUGGAUAUUAAAAUCCCCACAAAGAACUAGUUUGUUGUCCGGGUGGUUGUGGGUGUUGUGUGUAAAUUGUAGCAAAUAUGAGCAGAUGGAGGCCUCCAAGUUUAAAAGUGAGAACUUCAUCACAAUGUACUUAAUGACAUUUAAAGCUUUCCCUGUACACACUCACUAGGCCAGCAGCAUCAUGACCACUGACCCUGGGUUUAUUGAAACAAUCGUAUUGAGGAAGACACAGUUCAGCUAGCUGGCUAUGGUCAUUAGUUUGCAGGCGAGAGGUUAAAAAUAUAAAAUCAUUAAAAGUAAAGUCUUACUUCUCACAUUGAGGAGUGCCAUUUUAAGCAUAUUUAUGCUGGGAGCUAAAGUUGAUACAUUUGUCUGAAUCUUUUGUAAAUUAUUAAUAUUUCUAUGUGGGAAGUUUCGGGAGAUAUGUGCAUUAUAAUUACAGGAAUGGGCAGUGAGGAAUAGUUCCGUUCAGUGAUCGGUGGUGUGUUUUAGCUGUGCUAGCUAUGGCACGGGUGCCCUGUGGACUGGGGUGAAUGCCAUCUUUGUUAAAAAUGUUGAUGAAUGAAUAAAAAUAUAUAGAAGUUAUCAAUAAAAACUAAGUUGUGUGAGGACCAAACUGACUGUAGCCAUGUGUUGACACUGAGCAGCCUGCUAAAAUGUCAUACUCCUCAGCGGAGAGGGGAUCAGUCCAGAGAUAAAAAUAGAUUUUUUGCAGUCUAUGAGUUAUUUACAAAGACUGCUAAAAUGAAGUUGUAGUGCUUCGGACUGCUGAUAGGCAGUAUGAUUGUUGCCAAUGUGAAUGACGACAUUUCUGGCGAGAUGUUGUUUACUCAGAAAAGACAGGAUCUGUUGAACCAUGUCCAAAUCCUUGGCGCCGGGGAAGCAAUACGUUGCAGGCGUUUUUGACUUAAUGUUUCUGAUUAUGGAAUCACCAAUAACAAGUGAAGCAGGAGGAGGGGGCUUCGAGGCUUACAUCAGUGAUCCUGAUCGAUGUUAAAAAACUUAGGCCCACACAUUAUCACAUCCAAUCACAAGAACAAAUCCUGACCCAUGAGGAGGCCUACAGAACUGGGGACAGAAUCCUACAACCAGGCCAGAAACACACUGUCAAAGGAGAUCUGAGUAAAAGUGAAAAGCUGAAAAACAGGUUUGCAGCCAGUGACCCUGCAUCAGUGUAGAGAGAUCUGCAAGACAUCACCAAGGAGACCACCCCCCCACACACACACACACACGCACUCUUUAGUGAGCCAUCAACUGUUUUACAGCAGGUUUAAGGCACCAUCUACCCCUCCACACCAAUCUGCACUCAGAAUCUGUAGGAUGUAUGCCAGCUCUCUCACAAACAGAGGAUCAGGAAGGCACCAGGUUAAGACUGUGUGUCACCCUCCUGUUUGGAAGCCUGUGCUGACCAGCUGGCCCCCCAUCUUCACACAGAUACUUACUGUGUGUUGUCCCCUCUCCUCUUCUCCCUCUACACAAUGCCUGCACCACAGGAAACUCCUGAAGUUUGCCGACGACAGAACAGUCAUCUGCCUCAUCUGGGACAUUGAUGAGUCUGGAUACAGACAGGAGGUUGAACAGCUGCUCCUCUGGUGCGGCCAGAAAACCGGGAGCUGCUCAAAACUGGAGCUAAUAGCCCCACAUCGCUGCCCCCAUCACCAUUCUCAACAGCACUGUGUCUGAACACAGACACCUUAAUCAAAAAGGCCUAGCAGAAGAUCGGGUGUAUUAUAUAUUGACAUGUAUACAUGCAUUCACUGUACAUAUCCACCUAAGCAAGCGUUAAAUUUAUCAUUUAAUAUUUAUUCCAGUGUAUUCACACAUAGCACUUUUGUAUACUUGUUUACAAUUUACAAAACAGUCUGACUUGUAUAAAGACAUUGUUUGUUGUUGUUCAUUGUAUUGUUUAUGCACUUUAUAUAUAUUCAUGUUUUUUUACCUACAUUUAUGUACAUAAUAGUUAAAAUGCUUGUGUUUACCUUUGUCCAGCUUUUUACAUGCACUUGGUCACUCCAGUUUUUAAUACAGGCUUAAGUCUGCCUAUCAUUACUGAUCAACUUUGAAAAUUACUGAGAUAGUAUCUAAUAUUUUUUUUCAGAUUCCUUAAAAUUUGCCCUAAUUUUCCACUUACAAACCUUUUCUUUGAAUCUGCGUGCUUUUGCAAGGCAAGUGCACGCUUUAGAUUAAACUGCUCAUGUACACAGCGAAGAAACGGUACAAAACAAAAAUAAGACUAGUUUUUUGGUUUUGCUCUUGUUUAUUGGAUUACCCGUUUUGAGGCGAAUACAGUAAUUUUCUGGAGAACAACAGGAGAGGGGCGGGGAAAUCAAGCAUGGGACACAUAUUUCAUUCAUUUUAUUUAUCAAAAUCAGUCGAACAUAUCAUCAGCAUGGAGAAAAAAUAAUAUAACCCAGUAAUCUGACGCUAUGGAACAGGCCCCAGGUCUUGAAUUGCAUUGUCAUACCAUGCCAUCAUGUAUUUACUGUUUGUCUGUGUGUUAUUUAUUGCAUGUUAAAUGAAACACUGUAAU